GUUCCCUCUCUCUCAUUUCUUGGUUUUGUUUAUCAGCCGAUCUGUUUGCAGGAUUUGGGCUCGGAAUGACCCACCUGUAAAGUGCUUUUCCUUCCUCCUCGCCUUGAACUCUGCAGGGGGCUUGGCUUGGAGGGGCAAGGGAGGGAAAGAGAGAAGGGGGAAACACAAAAAACUUCUUUCUUUCUCUCUCCGUUUAUCUUCAGCCCGACAUUGUCACCUCCUCUUUGAAAGGGGUUAGAAGAAGCUGAGAUCUCCCGACAGAGCUGGAAAUGGUGAUGAAUCUUUUUUAAUCAAAGGACAAUUUCUUUUCACUGCACUUUGACUAUGGAAACAGAGGCUAUUGAUGGCUAUAUAACGUGUGACAAUGAGCUUUCACCUGAAAGGGAGCACUCCAAUAUGGCAAUUGACCUCACCUCAAGCACACCCAAUGGACAGCAUGCCUCACCAGGUCACAUGACAAGCACAAAUUCAGUAAAGCUAGAAAUGCAGAGUGAUGAAGAGUGUGACAGGAAACCCCUGAGCCGUGAAGAUGAGAUCAGGGGCCAUGAUGAAGGUAGCGGCCUAGAAGAACCCCUAAUUGAGAGCAGCGAGGUGGCCGACAACAGGAAAGUCCAGGAGCUUCAAGGCGAGGGAGGAAUCCGGCUUCCGAAUGGUAAACUGAAAUGUGACGUCUGUGGCAUGGUUUGCAUUGGGCCCAAUGUGCUUAUGGUACAUAAAAGGAGUCACACUGGUGAACGUCCCUUCCACUGUAACCAGUGUGGAGCCUCUUUUACUCAGAAGGGCAACCUUUUGAGACACAUAAAGUUACACUCUGGAGAGAAGCCGUUCAAAUGUCCUUUUUGUAGCUAUGCCUGUAGAAGAAGGGACGCCCUCACAGGACACCUCAGGACCCACUCUGUGGGUAAACCUCACAAGUGCAACUACUGUGGACGAAGCUACAAGCAGCGCAGUUCACUGGAGGAGCACAAGGAACGCUGCCACAACUAUCUCCAGAAUGUCGGCAUGGAGGCCGCGGGGCAGGUCAUGAGUCACCAUGUACCUCCUAUGGAAGAUUGUAAGGAACAAGAGCCUAUCAUGGACAACAAUAUUUCUCUGGUGCCUUUUGAGAGACCUGCUGUCAUAGAGAAGCUCACAGGGAAUAUGGGAAAACGUAAAAGCUCCACUCCACAAAAGUUUGUGGGGGAAAAGCUCAUGCGAUUCAGCUACCCAGACAUUCACUUUGAUAUGAACUUAACCUAUGAGAAGGAGGCUGAGCUAAUGCAGUCUCAUAUGAUGGACCAAGCCAUCAACAAUGCAAUCACCUACCUUGGAGCUGAGGCCCUUCACCCACUGAUGCAGCACCCGCCGAGCACAAUCGCUGAGGUGGCCCCAGUUAUAAGCUCAGCUUAUUCUCAGGUCUAUCAUCCAAAUAGGAUAGAAAGACCCAUUAGCAGGGAAACCUCCGAUAGUCAUGAAAACAACAUGGAUGGUCCUCUCUCCCUCAUCAGACCAAAGAGUCGACCCCAGGAAAGAGAGGCCUCUCCCAGCAAUAGCUGCCUGGAUUCUACUGACUCAGAAAGCAGCCACGAUGACCACCAGUCCUACCAAGGAAACCCUGCCUUAAAUCCCAAGAGGAAACAAAGCCCAGCUUACAUGAAGGAGGAUGUCAAGGCUUUGGAUACCAAGGCUCCUAAGGGCUCUCUGAAGGACAUCUACAAGGUCUUCAAUGGGGAAGGAGAACAGAUUAGGGCCUUCAAAUGUGAGCACUGCCGAGUCCUUUUCCUAGACCAUGUCAUGUACACCAUUCACAUGGGCUGCCAUGGCUACCGGGACCCACUGGAAUGCAACAUCUGUGGCUACAGAAGCCAGGACCGCUACGAGUUUUCAUCACACAUUGUUCGAGGGGAGCACACAUUCCACUAGGCCUUUUCAUUCCAAAGGGGACCCCUAUGAAGUGACGAACUGCACAUGAAGAAAUACUGCACUUACAAUCCCACCUUCCCUCAGAUGUUGACAUACCUUUUCUUUUCUUUUUUUUUUUUUAACUAUUAUUACUGUCAUUAAUUCUUACUUUGUGGACGCAGUGUCGUUUGCUCUGCCUAAUUACAAUAAGGAAGAAACAGAGGAGAGAAGGGACAAGCGAUAUUGUUUCUUGAUAACUUGGCUUGUUUCUUUUGUGGGAAUUUAAGAGCAGUUCCAUUUCUGCCAUGCAUAAAUAUAAGGUAUAUCGUGCUUUGAGAAAAAAAAUCACUUGAUUCAUAUAGAUUCACCUGAGAGAUUCUAAGUUGCCACUGAUGUUGAGGAUCAGGAUUGAAGGCAGGGAAGUUUAGAGUUUCUGGGUAGAACUAUUGCAGUUUAAAGUGGUAUAAGUAAUUUUACUCUUCAAGGAAGAAUUUUGUUUCAAAAUGUAAACUUUUUUUUCCCCCCUCGAUAGAUCAUGGAACACAAACACAUUGUUACUUUCAGUGAUAACUCCUUGGAUGAGUUGUUGUGGGUUCUAUGUUUACUUCCCCAAUGGAAUUUAUAAUACAAUAUGUUAUACACUGUACCAUAUAGGAAAACGUUUGAACUACAGGUAGUUAAGGACACCAACAAUACAUCUGAGGUCCUAUGAUCUUAUUUUUCUAAACUUAAGCACUGUUUUCCAUAGUUUUGAUGACUGGCAUUUUAUAGACACCCUGGCAGCCUUACUUUUAACACCUUUAAUGAAUAGAAUUUUUAUCUAGUUUUUAAGAAUAACAUAUGGUCUAAGAGUGGCUAAGAGGCAGUCAGUAGUUUCCAGAAAGGACCUCUACUUUUCAUAAAUUUGUUUGGGAAGUUUUCUUUUAAAGUUGUAAUGUGGUGGCAGCAUAGUACGCGUGUUUGUUUCUAAAAGUAUGCUUACGAUCGUCACUUUAUCAGCAUUUAAUCAGUGUUAACCAGUCAGCAGAAAAACAUAAUUAGGCUAACAGUAGGGGGGAAAAAACCCACUCAGAAAUCCCUUUUCUGGUAUGUCUCUUUUCACUGGUUUUUUCAAGCUGUGACCACCCAGUGUUCUAUCCAUAGUCCAUCAUCUUUUACUAUUUGAGUAGAAGAUCAUAAAAAUCUUGCUAUAGAUUUUUGCUUUCCAAAUCUUGGAGCAAUUACUAAUUCUACCUGAAUGUGGUAACUUGAACCCCAUAAGGUCGUGGAACUAGGGCUAUUUAUUCUAGUAUUUCUUCAAUAAUAAUAUUUACCACUUGUGGUGCAAGGAAAAGGGAACUUCUUUGUAACCUGUACAUUAGACUAUAGAUAAACAAAAAACAAAACUUAUUUUUUACCCUUCUUGGAAUCUAGAAGGUAAUCUAACCUCCAAGUGAAAGUCAGCAUGUCCUGCACAUUUUUCUGUCUUGAAAGCAUUCAACUAUGUAUAAGUCCUUGUCAGAAAGGAAUCUCAAUCCCUUAGUAAAAAUUUUCUCUUCUUUUAAUCCAUACAUAUGUUGCCAUUUUUCAUAUGCAAAUUUUUAUUUCAUUUAUAAGGGUGCUGUUUUUUCUCUGCAGUCCAACAGCAUUAGAGGGGAGAAACCAAAUGCAAUUGAGUCAUUUGGAUCAAGUCACACUGGGAUGCAGAACUUGCUGCUUGUGUUGAGGGGGGACAGGCCUGUCCGUGACUGGAUUAUCUGUUAGCCGUUUAUGAAUACUGAUUCUGUUAAGCAGUAACUGAUAACUGCUCUAACAACAACAACAAAAAAUCAUCAAAUAGGAUGCUGAAACUGUGUAAUACAGAUGAUGUAAGAACUAGCAAGAUUAGAAACCUAUGGACAGAGAAGCAAAUCUGACCCCAAUAUUGACUGCUCUUUUCUUAUUUUCUCAUUUAUCAUCUGCUGAUUUAAGCGACUUCUAAAGACUAACACAGAUAGAGCUAGGCAAAAAUGAUUAUAACUCAGCUCUCCUUUACUGGCCCCUCUUGUAAUUAUUUUUGGAGAAAUAUCCACACUGGUCCUUUAAGUCAAAGAGAAUGUACCAAAACAGAGACAUGAAAUGUUUUAAAUAGAAUGUCACUUCCCCCCCCCACCUGCAUGCUUUGGUACAUUGUGAACAUACAGUGUAUCCAAAGGUAAAGCAGGUUUUUGAGAAUCCCUUACUGCCCCUACCCUAACCACUCAAAAAGAUUGGAAUUUCGUGUAUAUAUAUAUAUAUAUGUAUAUAUAUAUAUAUAUAUAUAUUUUUUUUUUUUUCCUUUUUGGAGGAAGGUAAAUAACUUAAAGUUCCUGAUUCUGUGUUUUACUGCAAUUUAAGGAAGCAUUUGGAUGGCAGAUAAUAUGUUCAUCACCUUGGCUGUGUGUGGGUUUCUGCUGGCAUCAUCUAGGAGUUUUCUUCCUGUUCACUGUUUGUUCUUUUCAGUGUAUGAACUGUCAUGUACCUCACUGCCCUGGGAUGAAGCUGAAUUUUAGGUGGACCUAAAGAGUUGUCUGAUGCCCCAUGAAGACCGCGCUAAUGUACUCCCCCUUUCUCAUUCCACCUCUUUGGAAAUCUCCUUUAUUGAAGGGACUUAGUAUCUGUGAGAGUGUAUUUGCCACAGGUGGACACUUAGACUUUCUUAACUUCACAAUAUGAGGAACAGAAAGAGGUCAAGACGGCUCAGGGUGUGGCCGGGACAGAUGAGGACGAGGUCAAUUCAAAUGUGCAGGUUAGAAGGAAUUUUUGUGGGCACAGUGCUUUCUGGGAAACUCUGAAUGGCUAUAUUUGCAUGCCUCCUUCCUCACAAAAGGAAAUAUGCAAGUUGUUAGGGCCUAAAAAUAAAUACGAGAGUCAGACACCAAAUAAAUCAAGUUUUACGUAACAGUUAUAUGCCCAGUUUAUUUAGGUGAGAUUUCACAUUACAGAGUAUUUGAGGGGCAUGAAAAUGGGUUAGCCUCUCUUUCCUAGUUUGGCAAAAAUCCAGAAAUUCAUCACAUUGCUUUGCCCUAAUUUUGCCCAGAAAUUUAUCUCCAACUCCUGUUGGAGAUGUGUGCUGCCUCUCUCUAACAGUGGUCAAUCACUUUAAAAAAACCAUCCUAAUCUGGCUUUCUAGAACCGUGAAAAUGACCAAUAAGCAGAUUGGAAGAGAUUUCAAGUCGUUAAAACAUUCCAUUGAGAAUUUUCUGGUGGGACAAAAUGGGAGAAUGAGAGACUGGGAUUUGGAUCUGGCUACAAAGUAGGGUAUGUCUUUCCCACAUACGUAAAACCAAUUGCAUAUGUGCAACAGUAUAUGUUUGUACACACAUACAUACUCUUUUAAAACGCAAAGUCAUGAAAAGGAGCAAUUAGUGACCACAUGUGUUGUAAAAACACAUAAAGAGUUAAAAUUAUGAUACCUGAGCAAUUUAUGAAAUUUACCAGAUUGUAUUAACAAAUAUUAAAGACGUUAUUAGUGUGUCUUUAGGACUAGUUCAACUAUUAAACUUAAACCUUGGGUCUUUACAAUCUAUUUCCAGGAGAAAUCAAAACACACAAAAAGAUCUUUCCGCUGAUUUGGUGUAACUUCCAAAGUGAAAGAAACACAAAUAACUUUGGAAUAGGAAGAUACAGAAAAGAAAAAUGAUUAAUUUUACUUGGAAGCAAAGGAGAAAGACCAGAAUAUUUUAGUGAGCUUGAUGUUGUUUUUACUUAUAGUUAUUGUGUAUCAGUUCUACACCUCACAAAACUAUGAAGUCUUUAUAUGUUAUAAAGGUUUUACAAAAUACACACUAGUGAAAGCAUUUAGAUGAAAAUUAUGUUUUACUUAUUCUCCAAAUGUUAUUUCAUCCUGUCUCCAAAAUGAUUGCAUAAAGUAGAAAAAAGAACAGAAAAGACUACAAAAAUACAAACAAAAAUCUGCAUGCCCCUAGUGUCAAGACAGAACUUGGAUUAUAAGAGGUACUGGCUACAUUAUUAUUAUUAUUUUACUUUGAAAAGUUUGUUUUACAAAAAGGGAUAUGUUACAUAUGUGGUCAUCUUUAGUUAUAUUUUAUAUAUUAUUUUAGUAAGUACUAUCCCUAUGGGGUUGUCCAAAAAAAAAAAAAAAAAAAUUCCCCAAACGCAAAAGAAAAAAAGAGGAGGGGUGAAAUUGAAGUUUGUAUAUAUGAGAGUUAUCUUAGAAAUGUUUUUAAACCUCCAGUUUCUGCAAAAUAAUUAAAAUAUACAGUAACUGGUAUCUUAAGAUCCUGACUUUAAUGUAUUAAAUACUUAUAAAAUUUCUUUAUAUUGGUGCCUUUUUAAAAUGCAUUGAGAGAGUGUUGGUUAGCUGUUGUAGCGCUACAAACACUUUUAUUAUGUAUUUUUAAAAACCACUUAAAUUUGAGUACUAUAGAAUACAUCGUGUUCUUAGGGCAAAACUAUUAGAGGAAUUUCCAAUACAGAGAAUUUCAGCUCAUCUGUUUAAAGUAAAAGGAAACUUUGAAACAAGAUUUUAAUCUUACUAGUUUGAUAGUAUUUCUGAAUACCGUUACAAGAUCACGUAGGUAAAAUAUGGCAUAGAGGGAAAUUUCAGCUGUGAAUUGCAUUAUGGCAUGUGGUUUUGUUUGUUUGUUUGUUUGUUUUUAAGGAAGAAUAAUUUCUAGUAUCACACAAGGCUUUAUUAGUGGAAUUUUUGGUCAAUAAAAUACAGUAUUGUUUUAGAAUUUCAUUUACAGACUAGUGUUGUACUAGUCUGAGAACCUGUCUCCUAAUCUGUUAAUGUUUUAUGGAAAAUGUAAAGAAGCAAGUAAUUAAUUCUCCUUGAACAAAACAAAACUGAACAGUCAUAUCACAUUGCUAUUCUCCAAAGCAUAAUCUCAAAUGGUUUCCUACCAUGAUUGUGUAUUACUUGCAAUGGAUGUGUUAGGAUAUGACAGCUUUUUAAAACAAAACAAAACAAAACAAAAACAAGCUGCUUGUUAUACAAAGCAAAUGUCAUAUGACCAAGAAGCUGUGAUAUGCUAGUGUUUCUUUUUAUCAUAGUGUAUUGCUAGGCCAAAUAAUGACACCUUGAAUAUUUUUACAUUUAUUGCAGAAACCUAAAAUUUUGGGAUUUCCAUAAAGUUUUUAUGUAACCUUAUAUUUCUAGCUUCUUAGUUUUUUCUUGCUGUACUGUAAGUCUGUGGAUAUUUUUCACAUGCACUCUUAGAAAUAAGUUCCUAAUUCUGUUUGUGGGGUUUUUCUCCCAUAACAUUGCAUUUGUAUAUUUUCUGUAUAAAUUUGUUGUGAAUUAACCUUUACCCCAUACAGAGAGUGGUACGUGAAUGACUAGUUUUCUAAGAUGUCCUUUUUAUUGUGAAUAAAAUGUAAAAUUUAGAGGCCCUCUGCUAAGCCACAUAAAAUAUAGCAUGUAAUUUCAUAAAGGUACAGAUAAGCCAGUUUGCAGUUAACUGGGCCCUUCAAAUUACCUCAAAGUGACACACAGUAAGAAAAGCUUCUCAAACGGGUGGAGGUCACUAGAUCCCCUACUAUGCACUUAUCAGGAUUCUACUUAAUUUACUGGAAAUGGAUUUUUUAAAAAUGAAUACACUGUAACAAGGGAAGGACUCUGGGUUUUUGGUUUUUGUUGUUUCAUUAUUUUGUGUGCGGUUUUUUUUUUUAAGUAGUUCAAUUUCUGAAACUGUGAUAAAACAUUUCGAGUGUCAAGCACUCUCAGAUUUUGAACAUAGAUCACUUACCCUUCUGCGUAAGGAAAUUCUUUGUUAGCUCAUAAAUUUUUGUCUCCUCCCUGGAACCCUCCCUCUUUUGUCUUCCCUGUCUGCCUCGCCUCCAUCACUGCCUCUGGACAUCUCUGCCUCUCUUUCCCCCACUGGUGUGAAGUUUAGGUCAACUCUUCUGAUUCAUCGGUCUCUUAAGUCUUAACAUUUUUUGUGUGAUUUCGUUGGCUGUAUAAUUUGCUGACAUAUUUUUAUACUCAAGUGUAGUUUUAUAUUAAAAAGAGAAGUAGUUGGAUUAAAAAUAGUAAGGUAUAUAACCCUUGUGCUACUUUCACUUUCAAAUAUUGGGUACCUAAAAUAGGACUUCAGAGAUUAUGUCAUCAUAAUAUGGUAUGUUUGCCUUCCUUUUUUGUUGAGUUUUCCUUCUAAAAUGUAUGAGAGAUUAAACAGUUUUUUGCAAGAAUUUAGAAAGACGUUAAAAGUCUAAAGCAAAAAGUCUUAACUAUCUCCCAGUUGGGAGAAAAUGCUUUAACAUUUACUAUAAUAAUAUUCCAGGUUUGGAGGGUGCUCUCCAGGCUUCAUAUUUGCUCUUAAUAGUUGGAUCUUUUAGACCAUGUGUUAUUUGCAAUCCCACAAUGAUUGCUUCUGUUAUUUAGUUCAAACGAUAUUUUUCUUUCUGUACAAGUGCAAUACUUUCCUUGAAGUCUUAAAAACUAUGGUUUGUUUGUUUUUUUUAAUACUAACCAAUUCUUUCUUUAGUUAAUGACAAAAGAAACCCUUGAAAAUCAUGGUAUGUUAGUUAAAGGACACAACGGGCAAAGAGAAAAAAAAAAAGAACAAAAAGAAAGAACAAAACACUCCAUAGUCAAAAGAUUAGAGAAUGUCGAAACCACUAGUCUAAUCUUAUGGUAUCUAUAUUUAGGCUAAAUUUUCAUUGGAAUUGGUAAUCUUUUGCCUGAGAAAUGUGUCCUAAAGUUGAAAAAGUUGCAAUUUUUAAAGACUUAAUUUCCUUCUUACCUUGCCCGGUGUUUUAAAUUAAGAACCUAAUACUUUUUAUUUCAUUUUCCUUUUCUUGGAAAUGAAUCUUAAAAUAAAAGCAAAGCACUUAGCUCAAUUUUAAACACCUAUCACCUACUGAAGACAAUUUUUAAGAAAUAUUUGGAGCACUGUUUUCAUACAAAUUUAAGUAAGAAGUAUUUUUCGUAUCAUACAUAUUUAUAUGUAGAAUGCUGGUUUUCUUUUUUUAUACCUGUGUCCCUGUAGUAGAACUGCUGUAUUGUAAAUACAUGUUUUGUUAAAAGAUAACAUUUCUUUGGCAUUUCUUUUAAAGGCAGUUACUGCAUUUGUAUAGUAUAUGUCUUGGCCAUUAUAGAUUUUUUUCUUUAACAAUACCAAAGGUAAUUAGACUACUUUAAAAACUAAUUGCUUGACAGUUUCUAGGAUAUUUUGAGUUUUAGAAGCAAAAGAAAAAAAAAAUAGGUCAAACCAGUAAACCUCAUUUUUUUUCAAACUAAUAAUUUGGGAAAAUAAAAAUUGUUUAAAAAAGAAAUAUAUAUAAAUAUAUAUGUAAAAUUAAAAUUUCAGACCUUGUAUGUCAGGUUUGCUCAGUGUAAUGUAGUUUUUUUAAGGCUCAAAUACAAUACCUCAGAAAAUGAGGUUUACUAUGGAAAUAUUGAAACAGUCUUUGCAGCUGUGUGAGAAGUCACUCUGCUAUAUUACCAAUUUGGAGACCUCUGCUAAACAGUUUGAUCACUGCAGACUAAAAUGUGGACUUGUAUUUUCUUGUUUUUAAUGCACACACAUACAUGUUCUGUGCAUGUAUGUGGGUACUGUGUAUACGUGUAUGAGUGUUGUAUAUGCAUGUGUGAGUGUGUGUCUGUAUGUGUGUACAACUAAAGCUGCAGAAACUUUGUAAUACUUUGUGAAAAGGAUUAUAUUAUAAAGGUUUGUACUGUCUGAGUGCACAGCUACUGGAAUAAAUUUAGGGAAUCUCAGGAACAAGCAUAUAAUUUGUCCAAGAUUUAUUUCUUCUCAGAAGUGUAAGUGCAGUUUUUAAUUCUGUAUAUUAUUUAAUAUUUUACCAAUAAAAUAAACUUCUGACAUAAAAA